AUGAACACGUCCAACCGAAACGAAAGCAACGAUAGUGGUGGCCAUGAUGUUACCAAUCAAGACGAAGAUGCUCUCAUUACGGGUGAUGGUUCUGUUGCCGAAGGAAACUCAGGCUUCCCCAGCGGGUCACCAGAAGAGAUCAAUGAGCAACUACUAUUACCAAAAGUUAGACUUGAACAGAAGCCACAAGGAUGCUUUGCCUUCUUUGAAACAGAAAAUCAAAUGGAACAGUCAAAAGCUCUGGUUUCGGCUGCCCUUCCAACAGUUUACGGGCACCCCACAACAGAGCCCACAACUGAGAGCCAGCUGGAAAAAGAAUUUUAUUCAGCAGUGCUUGAUUGUCUUUCCCAAGGAUCUGAAUUAAAGGCAGCACAGUCUGGAUCGGAAGAAGCCACAGCUCGUACAGACAAGGAGAAGCUAUCUGAUGUCAAGAAAUUUUCUUCUUCUGCUGCUUCCUCCACCCGAUUUCGCCAUCAUGAUAAGCACAACCGACAACUUCCCACGCAAACGGGCACCAGUCAACAGCAAGAGAAUGUGAUGGAUAUUGUGGAGGAUCGGGCCAGUGUUGCAGCUGCAGAGCUAUCGGAUCAAGAGAUGAACCCCACACAAGAUGAUGAGCACAAUCUUUUGCAAAUGGCAACAGAAAUCAACGAGGCGGCCAAGUUGGAAAAAUUUAGCAACAACAGGUCUGCUGAUGGUGGUCACACGCUCAUGCAAAUUGCAGCAGAAAUCAAUGAGGCAGCUAAGCUGGAAAAGGUCGGCGACAGCAGGAGGCCCACUGAGAGAAAUGGAAGCGUCCCAGAAAGGUUGCUGCAUGGAGCACCCCAAGUGAUUUCACAGCUACCUCUACCAGGAGCCUACAUGGGAACGCCAGGAGAAGCCUUGCAGCGCACCAACACCCUUAGAUUCUCCCUCCUUGGUGCUCCUGCUGAAAACUCAGAGGAUAUUGAAGAACUACAGAUUGAUCACGGUCAGACAAACUCCUUGCCACCUGUGUUACCCAACAACAUCGAAAACAGCAAUGAUGCAACACAUGAUCUGCAGCUAGCAGUGGCGAAUCUUGUUGUGGAAGAUUCUGAGUUUCUCAGGCUCCAAAUGAGAUCACCAGCAAUUCCUGUGGAUUUGCAGACAGUUGAGGAAAGACAACAAAGCAAGAAGAGGCAGAGCCAAUGGUAUAUUUUGUUUCUGGCCAUGAUGAUAGUGGUGGCUGCCAUAGUCAUUGGCACUGUGGUUGGGACAAGAAAAGGAAAGGAUCCAGUCACUACAAUCAGAAGUCAAACAGCUACACCAACAACAUUUGGUUCUUUGGAACCUUCUGGAGUCCCUUCCUCAGCCCCAACUGGAAUUCUUGAUAUCUUGUGGGAGAAUCUUCCAAACUACACUUUGGCGAGCUUGCAGACUUUUGGGACACCCCAGUGGCGAGCAUGGAACUGGCUGUUAGACCACCAAAACAUCACCCAAUUGCCAGAAUGGAGGAAGACACAGCUCUUUGCUCUGGCCACCUUUUACUACUCCUUUGAGGGAGAAAAUUGGUUUGAACCAAUCAGGGAAAGGUGGAUGGAUGACUUUGUGGAUGAGUGCCUAUGGUUCUCCAGUGGGUUUUCCUAUUUUAAGAAUGGUGUGUAUUCGGAAUAUGAAUCUCCAUAUGCAACUCUUCCAUGCAACCAUCUUGGAGAGUACACCAGUCUUUGGGUCGAAGAUCUCUACCUUUCUGAUCUUACACCAGUUGUUCCACCAGAAAUAUCUCUUUUGAAGUCCUUGUCUCAGAUUGGGCUGGGAUGGAACAAGAUUUCUACAUCAAUUGAUGUUUUGCUCUCAAGUGAAAUCUACAAAAUGAGUGACUUGGAAUCACUGUACUUACAAGCCAAUGAAUUGUCUGGCAGAAUUGCUUCGGAGCUUGGACUCAUGACAGGUUUGGAAAUUCUGUGGUUGGUGGAUAAUGGCUUGUCAGGCCAGAUACCCUCUGAGCUUGGACUCUUGACUGCCCUCGCAGUUCUAGUGCUCCACAGCAAUCACUGCACGGGGCAGAUUCCAUCAGAGCUGGGAAGCUCGAGUGAAUUGACCCGGCUGAUACUUAGUGAGAAUCAGCUCUCCGGCCAACUCCCAACUGAACUUGUGCUACUGACCUCUUUGGCUCAGUUGUCAGUGCACAGCAAUGCCUUGACGGGCCAACUUGUUCCAGAGCUGGCUCUUUUGAGUACUCUAAAUGAGCUUUUGUUGCAUGCAAAUCUGUUGACAGGAGAAGUUUCUACAGAAUUUGGAAUGAUGGCGGAUUUGACUGUCUUCUCUGCCAGCACAAAUCUCUUGACAGGUCAAGUUGCAUCUGAGUUUGGGUUGCUACCAUUAUCAGAAUUUUGGUUGGAUUUCAAUGAGCUCACUGGAGAAAUCCCUGCAGAAAUUUGGUCACUGACGAGUUUGGUGUGGCUCUAUCUGGCUUCAAACUCCAUCACAGGCUCUCUUCCAAGCAAGAUAGGUCUGUUGACCUCCUUGCUCGACCUGGACCUUUCCACCAAUCGCUUUACUGGGACAAUCCCAAAUGAAGUCGGUUCCAUGACAUCCUUGCAAAAGCUCUAUCUGUACAACAACAGCUUGACAGGAACCCUACCCCUGCAACUGAAUGAUUCAAUGGGACUGAGACUGGAAGGGAAUCAAUUUUCAGGAGCUGUGCCUGAGCACCUCUGUUCUGCCCUGUGGUGUGAUUGUUCAGCAAGUGCAACUCCAGUAUCCACCUGUGCCAACCUAAAUGAGCUUGCAACUUUUCCAGGAAGGUUCCCGGGGACAAGAGAUGAAGCAGAUGGCCAACGAAUUGUUCUCAACAUAGAAUCUGAUGGGCGCCCUUGGCACAUAGAGUGGGUCUGGCAACAAGAAUCAAAUGUGACUGGUGUUUGGGAACCACUGGAAAAAUCCGUGGGGGGCAUUCAAGCAGAGCUUUUUCUCUACUCGUUUGUCCUCGAUGUUGUACCCAACGAAUCAUACAAACUUGUCAUUUCAGACAGUUAUGGAGAUGGCUUUAUCACCUCUGGAUGGAUCACUCUGACAGCAGCAAAUCAAACAGUGCUGUAUUCUUUUACUGAAGUUUUCACACCGUUCACAGAAAUCAUUAUGGUUCUGUUUGUUGGGGCUGAUGGCUUGGUAGAGGAGAUCACCUCGGCUGUUGAAUGUGAUCCUGUGAAUUCCUUUUGCUGA